CAGCCGUCCAGCGCGCGCCGCAUCACACACUUCUUGCUGCCCUGACCACUCUCUCUUCGUUGUCUCUUCAUGGCUCUGCGCAACUAGAGUCUGCGUCAAUACAAUGACCACUAAAGGUAACCCAGGAGUUGUGUACGUUGCAGAUCCGAAGCUUCUUGCCUGCAGCAAUGCAGUACCAAUUUUGAAACAUAGGGCAACCUUAGUUCAUCAUCUCAUAAGUGCCUAUGGACUUCAAAGUAAGAUGAAAGUAGUGCCAUCUGCACCAGCUACUGAAGAAGAAGUUAGAGGUUUUCAUUCUGAAGAAUAUGUCAAAUUCCUCCAAGUGGCACAACCUGAUGAUCAAGAAAUAAUAGAAGAUGAAUUUGGCUUAGGAUUUGACUGCCCAGUUAUCAACAACUUAUGGACAAUAGUGUGCCAAGUGGCUGGAGCCUCCCUCACAGCUGCUCGAGCCCUCACAACUUGCCAGGCUAAAAUUGCUAUUAACUGGUGUGGUGGGUGGCAUCAUGCUCAAAGGGAUUGUGCUGCUGGUUUUUGUUAUGUGAAUGACAUCGUUCUUGCUGUUCGACAUUUACGCACCAAGUUUGACAAGAUCUUGUAUGUUGAUCUGGACAUCCAUCAUGGAGAUGGUGUGGAGAAUGCUUUCUUCUUCAGUCCAAAGGUGGUUACAAUGUCAUUUCAUCAGUUGGAGGCAGGAUUCUUCCCUGGUACUGGAAAAUGUAAAGAUACAGGCCAAGGUAAAGGCAGAUAUUACAGUUUCAACAUCCCAUACAAAGCAGGGAUAAAUAACAAGCAGUUUGUCUACUUAAUAGAAAGUAUUCUGUACAACUUGUGUGAAGUAUACUUACCAGAUGCAGUUGUGUGUCAAUGUGGGGCUGAUGCUAUAUGUGGUGACCCACUUGGAGGAGCAAAUUUAACCCCUGAAGCUUUCAGAGCAUGUGUACGGCAUGUUCUCAACCUCAACAAGCCCACCCUCUUUCUAGGUGGAGGUGGUUACAACAAAGUGAACACAGCCAAAUUAUGGACUACUAUCACCUCUGAAAUCUUAAAUAUUCCCAUCAGUGCUGAAAUUCCAGAGCACCAGUUCUUUCCGCUGUAUGGCCCAAGCUUUGAGCUAGAAGUAACAGCAGGACUUCGGAAAAGUGAAAAUACUCAAAAGUCUUUGGAUGAAACUAUUCAAGAAGUUCAUGUGAAGUGAGCUGUGUAACUUUGAAAAUGUCUAGGAAGACCAAGGCACCCACGAAAAUUGUCUCUCUGGAGGUGAAACUUGACAUUGUGAAGCAGCAUGAGACUCCACAGAGGCUGUGUGGGAGUUAGAGUGACAUCUCCACUCCACCUUCAAGAGUCCCCUUAGCCUCGAAGGGGACAUGUAAUGUUGGCCAGGCUCUUUCUUAAUGAUGUGAGUGUUGUUUAAUUUUGUUGUAGGUAUAAAGUAUAGUAUUAUCGUAGGAAUUUUAUUUUCGGUGAUGCACGUGGGUGUCCGACUGGCUUGGAACGUAUCCCAUUGAACCUCGUGUUAUAAUGAUCCUCAUUUACGAUAUUUUGACCUGCAAUGAAUUUUUCACAAAUGUAACCCUAUUGUAAAUACUAAAUAGAGGGAUACCUGUAUAAUAUGUUCUCUUUAUAAGCUAUUACAGUAUAUACUUCCCCCAUAGGGGACCAUUGCAUUAAUGAGUUAUUCAUAAUGAGAGCCAUUUUAACUUUGGAGGAGAAAAUUUCAUUGGAAUGAGUUUUGUUCCCAAUACAGUGUCUUACUAUCUCAUCCAUGAAAAUACUGAACAAUCAUGGAGACAUUAUACAUUCUUGACAUAGAGCUAUAUGUAAUUUGUAUAGUCAUAAUAUAAUUGGAAGAAAAACAAAAGAAACAUCAACAUUGGUUGCUGAUAAGUACUUCAUUGUGCAUCGUAGCUGUAAGGGUCGAGGGGGUGGCUUGGCUUACUCUCCAGUGACUUCUGAUCAAUAAUUACUUCCUCAUUGUACUGUGACACAGAUUAGCUUCAGAGCACCAGCUUCCAUUUCAAAGGUUGAAAGAUUUAUUUUCAUGGGCUUUGAACAUGGCAUCUGCAUAAUAUGUAUUUGAACCAACAUAAGCAGAAUUUACUUUUUGUUUUCUAUCUUUAAUUUUAGCUACAGGUAUUGUGGAAAGUGACUCUUUAUCAUAAACUUACCUUGAU